AUGUCGCAGUCGCGUUUAGUAAACCACAUUCGACGCGGCGACCGAUUACGAACAUUAGUCGCCUCGACGUGUCGCGCCUUGGAGACCGUACCUUUAGGGGGACUGAUAGCCGGUUUGAUGGUGGGAAAUGUAUCCAAGAAAAAAUCAAAACAAAUACCUCGCUGGGAAAAAGGGGCAGAUUUUGACAUUGAAAGACCCGCUUCAUUUCCCGAACCAGAUUACUCCAGGUAUAAAAGUAUGUCCGCUACCGACAUUUUUGAAAACUUCAUUGAUACCGAAAUUAUUGAACAUUUAGUUGUAGAAACUAGACAUGGAUAUAAUAAUUUGCCUUCGAAACGUCAUUAUUGGGAUUCAAAAAAUGAUAUGAAAAAUGUUGCUGUAUCUAAAUCAAUGAGACGAAAUAGGUUUUUGCAGAUUUAUCGAUUUUUGCAUCUUGCUAAUAAUAUUGAUAUCAAUCAAAAUGAUAAAGCAUGGAAAAUACGCCCAGUGAUGGAAAUGCAAAAAAAAAAAUGUAUUCAAAAUUUUAUUUCCGAACAGCAUCUUUCCUACGAUGAAAGUAUGGUCAAAUAUUUUGGGCGACAUAGUUGCAAGCAGUUCAUUCGUGGGAAACCGAUUAGAUUUGGAUAUAAAGUAUGCUGUCUGAACACAAAAGAUGGGUACUUAGUAAAUUUUGAACUUUAUCAAGUCGAAAGCCCUAAAGUUAACACUGUCUACGAACAAUUAUUCGGUAAAGCUGCAAGUCCGUUAUUAGUUCUUAUAGAUGAAAUUCCCGCAGAAAAGAGGCAAUUGAAUUACUCUCUAUACAUGGACAAUUUAUUUUCUG